CCUUGUUCUCCAUUUCAAAUCAAAUGUCACAUUGACUCCAAUCCAGUGUUGGAAGCAUGUGGGGAGCUGCAGCACAUCAGCCCAGCACAAUGUAUCCAUCAAACUGGAAGGAAGCCCAAAACCAAAACUCCACUGGCCAAAAUGCAUCCUCUGCAGAAACCCCAAGUACCUCCUAAGCCUGUCCAUCUCAAACCUGGGCAGGAAAGAAUUCCUCCUGCACCUUCUCGGCCUUUACCAGCGGAUCCCAAGUCAUCAAGGAACUUUGCCCCUGGAGAGGAAGAAAUACCAAUAUCAGCAGGAGUCAACACACUCAUUGAGAAAUUUGAAAGUAUUAGGCAACCUGUACAUAUUCUUCAAAGAAACCAGCUAAAUUUAACUCUUAAGAUGGAACCUGCCCUGGACUCAUCCAAACAACCAAGCUCAUGUGACUGUGACGUGGUGGCUUCCAGUGGAUCUUCCACAAAUGAAAAAAGUGAACCAGAUGAAAAUGAGCCAGAUGUACCAUGCAGCACAGAUCUAUCUACCACAGACAUCAUGAAAAUUAAAGAGCUAAGCAUAGGUGAUAGCAAAAGCCAUGAAGACUCUGGUGCUGUGACUGGGAGCAAAGAGCCCUCUGGAGAGCUUGGCAAUAAAGACUCAACUGCAGAACUGAACGGUAAUGGUAAAAUUCCCAACAGAGACAGUGGGAUUGACAGUCCUUCUUGCAGUGUGGCAGGGGAGACUUUUCCUAGCGAAGAUGGUGCAGAGCAAAAGAAGCCCAGCGUGACUGGGAACCCAGGGGAGGUGGAACCUGAAAAAAAGGGCACCAAACCUUCCUGUGCAGAGCAGAAGAGAGACUCCACACAGGAUGAAGACAGUGACAUUGAUGAGGGAAGCAGUGAGGAACAAGAGACAGCAGAAGUGCCAAAGUUAGAAUAUUUGGAUGUAAACAAGUGUACAGAGCCCCAAAAGCUAUUCAACAUUGCAAAUGAGCUGCUUCACACAGAAGAAGCCUAUGUUAAAAGACUCCAUCUGUUGGACCAGGUUUUUUGCACUAAGUUGGCAGAAGCAGGUAUUUCAUCUGAAGUGGUAACAGGCAUCUUUUCAAAUAUUUCUUCCAUCUAUUGUUUCCAUGGACAAUUUCUUCUUCCUGAGCUCAAAGCAAGAAUUACACAAGAAUGGAAUGUCAACCCACGGCUCGGAGAUAUCCUACAGAAACUUGCUCCUUUUUUGAAGAUGUAUGGAGAAUAUGUGAAGAACUUUGAUAGGGCGAUGGACCUGGUGAACACGUGUAUGCAGAGGUCCUCUCCAUUCAAAGAUGUUGUUCAGAACAUCCAGAAACAGGAGGUGUGUGGAAACCUGACACUGCAGCAUCACAUGCUUGAACCAGUGCAAAGGAUUCCUCGUUACGAGCUUCUCCUAAAGGACUAUUUAAAGAAACUUCCGGAAGAGUCUCCAGACAGGAAAGAUGCUGAAAAGUCACUGGAGCUCAUAUCUACAGCAGCAAACCAUUCCAAUGCAGCCAUCCGGAAGAUGGAAAAGAUGCACAAGCUUUUGGAAGUCUAUGAGCGACUCGGUGGUGAGGAGGAUAUUGUUAACCCAGCCAAUGAGCUCAUUAAAGAAGGACACAUUCAGAAACUUUCAGCAAAGAAUGGCACAGCACAGGAUAGGUAUUUAUUCCUGUUCAACAGCAUGGUGCUAUACUGUGUGCCAAAACUCAGGCUGAUAGGCCAGAAGUUCAGUGUUCGAGAGAAGAUGGACAUUGCAGGACUGCAGGUCCAAGAAAUUGCCAAGCAAAAUGUGGCUCAUACAUUUUCAAUAACAGGAAAAAAGCGAUCGCUGGAACUACAAGCCAGAACAGAAGAAGAGAAGAGGGAAUGGAUCCAGGUCAUUCAAGCAACAAUUGAAAAGCACAAACAGAACAGUGAGACAUUCAGAGCUUUCAAUAGCUCUUUUUCUCAAGAGGAGGAGCACCUUCCUGAUUCCUCAGUAACCAGCACCAGCUCGGUGGAGUCGAUGCCAGGAGCAGAUGGUGGUGGUGGUGCAUUUGGAGGGAGCGAUUCCUGCAGGAAAUCUUCCAAAUCCAAGCGAGACAAGGAAAAACAGGCUUGCAAGAGCUGCAGUGAGAGCUUCAACUCGAUCACGAAGAGGCGGCACCACUGCAAGCAGUGUGGGGCAGUGAUCUGUGCAAAAUGCUCCGAGUUCAAGCCACUUGCAGAUAACAGCCGUCACAACCGGGUCUGCAAAGAGUGUUUCCUGCAGUUACCAUCCAGCCCCUGCAGCCCUGGGAAGCAAAGCAUCUUUGCAGCUGAAAACAGCCUCUUCAGCAGCUACCUCCAGUUCCUUGAAAAAGGGAAGACUUGGUACAAAAUGUGGGUAACCAUCCCCAAGACAGAACCUCUUGUUCUGUAUCUGCAAGGAGGCAGCCAG